AUGCAGAAAAUGUGGUGCCCACGAUCCUGCUGGGGCAUCUGGGCAAUGCUGCCCCUCACCGCUACAAUGAAGCUGACGCAGGAGUUGAACACUUCUGCAAUGAAAGUGGAGGGCGCCUCUUCGCGCGACUCAUGGCCAUUCUCCGCCAUUGGGGACUUUGUGUCGGAUGCCGUGGGCGAAGUUGGGGACACCGUGACCAUGAUUGUCAAUGCAGGCUUGGAUGUCGGGACAGUUACGGCCAACGCCGCCCUAGUGGUCGGGACUCAAUUCGUCACCUCACCCCCCCUGAGCUGGGACGACCUGACAGGCGACAUCCGCAGCUUUGUGGACACCUUUAACACCACCGUGAUACAGGGCGUACAAGAGGCUCCCCUUCAAAAUUUGCCGGAGCCUGUGCGACAAACAGCGGUCCGCCUGAAAGGGGUCACGCUGGAGCAUGCGAAGAAGACCGCCGCUGAAGGACGCAAACUGGCCGGGGCAAUGGGGAAUCACCUGGGCCCGUUCUGGGACAGGCUGCAAGGCCCCAUCGACUGCCUGACCAACGUCCCCACUCUUUGCGAGAUUCUCAUUGGCCUUGAGUGUGAUUGCGGUGCUGGCAGUUAUGUCGAGCUCGACCCCGACGGCCACCCAGACUGGGUGGACAUGAGGUGUACAUACACGAAGACAUCUAAGUUUACGAGUGGCUUCGGGAUCCAGGCAUCUGCAAACAGUGAUGGAGAGACCGGGUCCGGGGUUUUGCCGGGGACUGAGACGGAACGGGAAGCCAUCCAGAGCAUCCAAGACAUGGUGAGUCAAGUCCAGACCUCCAGGCAAGGGCUCGGCGCGAUGCAAAAGAGCUCGCCCUCGGGGUCAUGCGAAGCGGGUCUUAGCGUCGCCAUCGAUGGAGUCUCGAAGUUCACCCCAGACGUGAGAACGAAAGCCUUUUCCAACGGACACACCAUAUUCAAUGUGAGUGGCACACUGCUCGUAUCCUACGAGACGGUGGUCUCCGGGAGGGGUAGCUGCAGCUACAAGCUCACAAAGGGUUUGCCGAAGAAGCCAAUAACAAAGGUGAUCUGUGCCGGACCUUUCUGCAUCAUGAUCUCGCUGCAGAUGGUUGCAACCUUGGUGGGAGAGGGCGUCCUCACCGGAACAAUCCACAUGCGAAACGAUGCGGAAUUCGAAGUCCAGGCCCACGGAUGGGUCAACGAAGACGGCGCUUUUGAGGCGCAUGUGUCAAAUCCCGGCAAAUUCAAGCAUCAGGCGAACAGUAUUCGGAUGGGGGCGAGUGCAGCGGCAUCCUUAAAGCUAAGUGUGGGGCCGAAGCUCGUCGUUUGGCCUAUGCCUGGCAUUCCACUGACUUUCCAUCCGACGCUCAACGCUGAAGCCAGAGCGCAGGCCCAUAGCAUCCAGUACCCUCCAACUACCAUACACGACGAGGGAGGCCGCCGGCGCAGACAUGCGGUCGAUAUAUGUGGCGCAGCCGCCGUGAGCGUCUACUCCGAUUUUGGAAUCGAAGGCUUCGGGCUGCCAAGAGUGCUGAGGGAGCUGUUGAGCGAUGGCUUCAUCAAGGAGCAGCUCAAGGACGCCAUGCAAAAGGGUGUGGAGGCAUGGAUAUCAAUGGUGACGCAGGGGACGACGCAUUGCCUGUCUAGUGGCUUGGAUGCCGAGUUGCAGGGGAUGGUGGCAGACAUCUUUUGGGACCUGAUUCCAGACUUCUCCCUGCGGUUCAACGUCCCUUCCUUUCAGCUGCUACCGCCUCAGAUGCUCUUCUGCGAGGUGGUCUGGUCCAAGCCAGACAACUUCGACCAGCUCCCCUGCGCAGAAGAGCUUGGGUGUCAAGCGGUUGGUCAGGGACCACCAAAGUCGGACGCUGUGGCUGUGCCAGCGGAGCAAGUAGAAACCCCGCCGAGAACGACUGAGAAUGCAGUGACAUGCCACGAUCCUCUACAAGUGGGAGAUCGCUUUAUCCAGAUUGGCAAGUUUCGCAUUGCCGCCAUCGAUGACAACUAUCUUUCAAUCUCGCAUGAGGACUGUCGAGAUCAGGACGGUUGUGUGUCGCUCGUGGUCUCCGACCAGAGGGCAUACGUUCGGAGCGAGUUCGGAGACAUCCCUCCGAGUGAUCAUGAUCGGGUCACCAAUGCCUGGUCCAUCUGGCAUCACAGGCAGCCCGGGGAAGCCAAAGAAAUCGAGUUUGGCUUCAAGUUCAUCCAAAUUGGAAAGUUCCGCCUCGGUGACUAUGAAGGGUGGCAUUUCUCGAUUUCGCAUCUCGUUUCGAAGAAGACCUGCCUGUUCUGGAAACACGAUGGCCACAGAUGGGAUGAGGGCCAGACUGGCCACAACACCCUCGACCGUUUCUUGGGGGCUCCGUCGGGCAUCAGCAUCGGCGAGAAGUUCGUGCAGAUUGGCAACUUCCGACUUGCGGAGACUGAUGACUCUCAGAGGCUCCCCUUGCAGUUCAUGCGCUAUCGCGACGAUGGAACAUGGGAGCGGCGCACUCUUGAAACCUUCCAGAGGGACGGUGGACAUUCGCUCAAUAACGACGACCACGAUGGGAGGAUACAUGCUAUAAACAGCCGUAAGGUGUUUGGCCAGGGAUGCAAGAACAUCGGUGAGCUUGCUCAUGGAGAGUGCAGUGAGAGUUUUGCAUCCUGGGGUGAUCGCUUCAUCCAGCUCGGCAACUGGCGCCUUGCCGCUCUCGAUGCGGACCACUUCAGCAUCUCCCACAAGGAUGGUCAGAACGCAAUUUACAAGAGCAAUGGCCACUUCUGCUGGGAACGCGUGAGCGACCGCGCCUGGCGCAGGCCUCUCGGCUUCCCCCACGGCAUCGUCUUUGGCGCGAAGUUCAUCCAGAUCGGUCAGUUCCGCCUGGCCGCACUGGACGACGACCACUUGAGCAUCUCCCACCAGAAUGGCUGGACCAACCGGCUCUUCGUGGGCCACAACGGACAGGUGAUCGAUCGGCCCGGCGGGGGCCAUGACUGGAACGCCUGGAGGCACCUCGCCGGUGGCGACGAGAGUUUCCGGAAAGGCUUAAGUGCCGGCAUCUCCGGCGUGGGCUAUGGGGACAGAUUUUUGCAAAUCGGACCCUUCCGCAUCGGGGUGGGGGAGUAUGACGAUUUGCUCGUCACUCACAAGGACCCGGCCACUGGACACCCACGAACUUUCCAAGUGUACCAAAACAGCGGGAUGGUCCUCGGCGCGCAACCGCAUGCAUCGCACUCUGGCAAUGGCCAUGUGCACCUAGUCCAUCGUCAUACGCAGUGGCACUGUGGCAACAUCCAGGGCAUGUUCGGCUCUUGCCCUGGCAUCACCGCAGGCGACGGCUUCAUACAGUUGGGGGAUUGGCGGCUGGCAGCGAUUGACUCGCGACAGUUUUCGAUCUCCCACCGAGAUUUGGUGACGCCCAUGAGCUUCACCUCCGAUGGGCAUUACCACCGUCACGGAGACCCGACCCAGGGAGACCACAGCUGGCACCGUGAAGCCAGGUACGUGGCCGCCGGGGAGAUGGGGGAGGUUAUUCUCGGCGAUCGCUACAUUCAGUUCGGUAAGUACUGGCGCAUGGGCCAAGUCGACGAUGACCACUUCUCCAUCUCUCAUAUUGGUGGCAGGACCCCGGUGAUCUUCUAUAAAGAUGGCAAUGUUAGGUAUGUCGAGGAUCACAGUGGCUUCGACGACGGCCCCUUCAGCCUUUGGAACCGUCACUCCAUCGAACCAAAAGGCAUCGGGUUUGGCGAUGGCUUCGUUCAAAUCGGCGACUUUCGAGUGGGAGAUGUUGAUCAUGAGCGCUUGUCCGUCGCAAGCGCGAUAAGUCGGAAGACGAGCGAGACCUUUAAAAAAGAUGGACAUACGGCGGACAGUGGCUCAACAGCAUGGACAACCCUGGGGCGUGCACUCCAGCAUUGCCAGGUUGUCCCUAGGAAGUCUUCUAACUUCACGUCGCCAGUCGCCGCCUUCUACAACCCGAAACAUGGGCGCUGGCUGCAAAUGAACAAAGGGAUCACCGACAUGACUGGCAGUGCUGACCAGAGAGGUGGUGACGGGCCUUUCUCUUUGAGGCUUCACUGGACCUAUGAGCGCUUCGCGGUUGUCGAUGUCGGUAACGGGGAAAUCGCACUUCACAACACCCUCAGCAACCGCUUCGUCAAGAUGGAAGGGUUGGAGAUGAUGGUCAGCUCGAUCAAGGAUGUCGACGACUUCCCAGCUGGGUGGAAUCUUGAGCGCUUUCGUGUCGUCGACGCGGGAGACGGAAUGGUGGCACUCUACCACCCGGUCAACCGCCGCUUCGUCACCAUGGAUCAAAACGGGCACGUCUAUCCAAGUGCCCCCGUGGAGGACGCAAGACUGCCUGUCCAUUGGUCUUAUGAGCGCUUCUACAUGAUGCCGGUGAGAAACUUUCUCGAACCUGAUACGCUGGUGGCCCUGUACAGCAACGCACACGGCCGCUUCCUCCGCAUGUAUCAGCAUGCCUCAGGCCACUGUGACUUGGACAGCAGCCCAUCGGGGCCCAGCCUCCCCGAUACUUGGACGUUGGAGCGCUUCAGAGUGGUGGAUGCGGGCAACGGCAUGGUUGCGCUGCACAGCCACGCCUACAACAAGUACCUGCUGAUGGACGACCCCCACUUUGACAUUCGUUGCAGUGCCCCGUCGCCGACCGGCAGCAGCGAACUCCCCCAUGGCUGGGGCUGGGAGGCUUUCGUCCCUGUUCCCAUGGCCUUUCAUGCGGACCAUCUUGAGAUCGCCCUGUGGCAUCCUGCUCACCACCGAGCCGUCCGAAUGAAUCACCACAUCGUCGACGCGAGCCAGCCUGUAGCCCUCCAGGACCUGGCCAUGAACACGGCCUUGCCCUGGGAGAAGUUUCGGGUCGUCCUGCUGGCAGACCCCAUGACCUAG